AUGGAGCCACUUGAAAACGGGGCAACAGAAAAGCUUCUAGAGCGUCUCGAAGGGUGGAACAAAGGGAUUCUACCUUCGGGAAAUACAGCAGACUCGCCAUGCUUUGUUCAAAAAGAUAUGCCACGAAUUACUCCUCUUUCUCAAGACCAAUCUAUUGCUAUGGUUGUAACUCAGAGUGGGUGGACCUCAUCUCUGGUUCAUACCGGUGUUUUGUGGAAUAUGGACAACGACACAACAAUGCACGCUUUGUCCGAGUGCCAGCUUUUGUUUCACACACCUCAGGCAGCACUCGAUUCAGAGACUACGAAAACACUUCACCUUCUAAGAUACGAUACCUUUGCAUGGUUUCCUGUCAAUCGAAUAUUUCGACCAACACAGAGGUUUCAAACAGCUCUAGACGUCUCACUAAAUAACUGGCCCAAAAACCCGUUGCUGGCUUGGGAGGGAAUGUGUAAAAUAUGGGAAGAGUUUGGAUUUCUGUGGCCUCAGAAGAUAAUUUUAGGACGAAUAUUGCACGUCAAAAAGACAUACAAAACACCGUCAAUAAAAGAUAGACUUCUUUAUUUAAACCUGGCUAAAGACGAAUGUCUAAUGAAGUUGGAAACAUUAAAAGCGAGUCUAAAAAAUAAUACAAAUUUCCAAGAUGAGGAGAAUACGAGGGACCAAUGGAGAAUCAUCAAACGCAAUGAUGUUUGCCCUAUCCACGAAUUUCUACCUCAACCAAGUCGUGAUAUAAUUAACAGUAUAAUCAAUUAUCGAUUCAAAAGAAUUUCUAUCCAUCAGUCCUUUAAGCUACGAAGUUUGUCAACCUCUGGGUAUCUGAGUAGCUGUUCUAGCCAAAGACUUUCUGAAGACAAAAUUAAACACACCUCCCACCACAUAAUUCACUGGAAUCACAAGACAGAGACUUCUGGGGAUCCACCCCAACCAUUUGUAUUUUCUGCAAUGCCUUUGGAGACCGUGUAUUCGACUGGUAGUCAGUACCUAUGGCAUUUUUCUUGGAAUAUCAGCAGUCCAUUCAGCCCACAAAAUGUCUCAUUUCCAACAAUUCCUGUCUAUCAACCUCGGUCUAUUCGAUGCUCAAGCCAAAUUUUUCUUUCUCCUGAUCAUGAAGUGUCUGAUAUACCUUCUCGAAAAGCAGGUUUAACAAAUGGCUUUGUGUUCCAAGAUCAACAAGGAAAAGGCACACAAAUACACACAGACCUCUCUGGUGAUAGUUUAGACAGUCAAAUGAUCUUUACCAGAGUAAGCAACCACGACAAAGGUCUUUCAAAGGAAAAACAAUCAGCGGCGUCACGACUACAAGCACUAGGGUUUAUGCUAUCCGAUGAUCUGGACAUACUUGAUUCUGAUGCCGCUGACCAUCAUCGUUGGACAGUAGAGAUCACAGGCCUAGGGCUUUACCAUGACAAUACUGUAGCCACAGAAGAGGGGCUAAAUGCUGAUAUUAUUAUCGGACGGAUGAAACCAAUCAUUGAUGGAGAUAUAAUUAGUCUUCGACAAGUGCUUUAUCUUUGUUCAGUACUUAAUUCGAACAGCCUGAUGAUGAACAAAAACAAACACAAUCUAAACAGCCCUACUUCUCCUUCUCAACUAUUCCUACAAAAGUUUCACAAUAACCAGCCUCCAGCCUUAGAUGACAGUUCUCCUACUUUGCCAAUAGAGACAAAAGACCAAAUCUCACUCAGUUUUCAUAAUUUAAUGCCACGAAAAAGAUUAACUCGCCGGAAGGGCAUGCAAGAAGAAACAAGCUUGGAACACACACUUUCUUCACCGUCUUCUACAUCAUCUCAAAGCAUUUUUGACCAAUUAUCUCAUCCGGUACUUGCAAAAGAAAACUCACUAAUAAGCACCCCAGGCGAAAAUUGUUGGAUUAUACAACUUGCCACAGAACAAGAAAUACAAGCUCAUGCUCACCGAAAAGCACAUACUUCUUUCGGAAUAUAUCCUUCCCAAGAAUCACUUGUACCUCUGCAUAAGGUUAACCAAGCGCCCACUGUUGUGCUGAAUGACAUAUCUUUAGGCUCAAAUAGCCGUCUACCUUGGAAAACAGGCGUCAUUGAAAAAGACCAAACCGAUAUAGACUAUCACCCAGCUUACCCAUACAAAGGUUCUCGCUUAAAGGCAUUCUUUAGUUCAGAGACUUUACACACGAAAGCCGAUUCGCCUGCAUCAAUGCGAAGAACCAGAUCAUUUGAUUCGAGUUACUCACAUCCUGCAAAUGUAUUGUCCCCACUUCCAGAACUUCAGGAAUAUGAUCCGACAGACCAAUUAUCCAGUGUAGAACCUUUGGACCGGCAAACCCCACAACAGCUACCUUAUCUUGCUCGUUUGAACACUUACAUGAUUAGGACCCCUGAUACAGAUACAACCGAUGUUGGAAUAGUCAACACAAGGGAGCUUCCUUACCUUGAGCUCCAUGCUUCAAAGCAGACCACAAAAACAUGGUCUAGCAUACUUCGAGGCGCUUCGUUGGCAAGACUUGGGCGAUUAAUACACAAUAAUAGGUCUACUCCACUAAAAAGGCUGAAUAUAAGACAAAUUCCCGAGAUAGAUAGAAAAAAGUAA